CAUGAAACCAUUGUCCAGAGGACCUUGUAUGUUGAGGCCUUCUACUUCGUAUGCGAGUAUUCAAGCCCGAAACCUGUCUCCUCAAACCCGUUUCACGAGACACUCGUCCAAAAUGACCUCCAAGCCACAACCCCGGCCCCCCCCCCCUGAAAAUCACACCGUAGAGCUUCUCCGCCGGCACCUCACACCCGUCCCACCCAUCUCACAAUCCUCUUCAACCCUCACCAACUUCUUCGCCCCCUUUGCCUACAACGACACCAAAAUAAUCCUAAUCGGCGACUCCACCCACGGCACCUCGGAAUUCUACCAAGCCCGCGCCGAACUCACAAAGUACUUUAUCCAACACCACGGCUUCAACAUCGUCGCCGUAGAAGCCGACUGGCCCGACGCCGAAGCCAUCGACAAACAUGUCCGCCCUCGCUCCCCAUCCGCUCCCUCCCUCACCCAAGACAGCGAGAAGCCCUUUCAGCGCUUUCCCACUUGGAUGUGGCGGAACGUCGAGUUUCAGAACUUUACCAAAUGGUUGAAGGAGUGGAAUGAAGGGAAGGACAGCAAGACUGAGGCAGUGGGGUUUUACGGGUUAGAUUUGUAUUCACUGGGCAAGUCGAUGCAAGCUGUGGUGGAUUACCUUGACAAAAUUGAUCCCGAGAUGGCAAAGGUGGCACAAAAAAGGUACGAGAGAAUGAUGAUGUGGGCGGAGGAGCCGCACGAGUAUGGGCUGGAGGCGCUUGCGGCUGGGUUUAAGGGAUGUGAGAAGGAUGUGAUCAAGAUUUUGAAUAGCUUGCUGAGGAAGAGGGUUGAGUACGAGAGCAUGAUUUGGGAUGGGGAGGAGUUUCAUUCUGGGGAGCAGAAUGCGAGGUUGGUCAAAGAUGCGGAACAAUAUUACAAAGCGAUGUACUACGGCCGCGACGAGUCAUGGAAUCUGAGAGAUAAACACAUGUUUGAAACGUUGAACCGAAUCAUCAAGCACCGAUCGAGGAGCACGCCGUCCAAGGCCAUUGUCUGGGCGCAUAACAGCCACAUUGGCGAUGCGCGUGCCACCAGUAUGGGCUGGUCGAACGAUGAACUCAAUAUCGGGCAACUCUGCAAAGAGGCCUACGGAGAUCAAGCCCUUACCAUAGGUUGUUUGACCAACACCGGAACAGUCGCUGCUGCUCGCAAGUGGGAUGGAGAUAUGCAAGUCAUGAAGCUACGACCUGGUCUGCCAAACAGCUACGAACAGUUAAUGCACGCCACAGCUGUCAAGAACUUUGUUCUGGACCUGCGAGUUGGUCAUUGCAACGAGGAGCUGAUAAAGGCGCUCAUGGAAAAACGGUUGGAGAGGUUUGUUGGAGUCAUCUACGCUCCUGGCACCGAGAGGCAGUCGCAUUACUCCCAUGCUGUUUUGCCUGAACAGUUGGAUGGUUUUAUCUGGUUCGAUGAGACCAAGCAUGUCGGGGCACUCGAGGUGCACCAGCCCCAUACGACAGUCGAAUUUGAUGAUACCUGGCCAUUCGGUUUGUAA